AUGGCCGCAGCCGCCCUGCUAAAAGUACGCCCAGCCGUAGUAGCUCUAGACCUCGACGGCACGACGCUCGACGCGGACCACAAGCUGGCACCCGCAACUCUCGCGGCGCUGCGCCGCGCCAGCAGAGCGGUACGCCUCAUAUUCGCCACGGGCCGGCCGACCUGGGACGUCCAGCCUUUUGUGGAUGCGCUCGGCGCGCCCGUCACGUGCAUUUUGUUCAACGGCGCGUCCUGUGCGACGCUGCGGCCGCACACUGCGCCAGUAACACGCUUCCUCGAGCCGCUCGGAGAGGAGCGCGCUGCCAAAGCGUAUCGUGCCGCCAUUGAAUGCGGCGGCGCGGUCUCGCUGGUCCUGCCGACUCGCAGCGUCGGCGUCGCGACAAAUGCGAAGCAGCGCGCCCAGCUUGCGGCGCUCGAUCGGAAAGCCGGAUCGGCGCAGGAGGUCGUCGCGGACGGCGCGCCCUACGUAUGUGAAGCCAUCAAGGUCCUCGCGCUGAGCGACGAUCCAGCGGCGACGGCGCAUGACGUACGGCUCCCCGACGGCCUCGACGUUGUGGAAGCCGAGAUCCACGUCGAGUUCGUCUCGAGAGGGGUCGACAAGGCCACGGCUCUGCGCCGCGUCCUCGGCGACGAGAUGCUACGGACGGCGACGGUAGCAAUCGGGGACGGCCACAACGACGCGGCGAUGCUCCGCGCCGCGCACGUCGGCGUCGCGACGGCGAACGCUACGGAGGCGGCCAAAACGGCCGCCGCCGCCGUCUCGGCCUGGACGAACGACGGGCUCUGCGUUUCUAAAGAACUCGACGCGCUGCUGGCGCUGCCGCGGCGCUCGCCGCUCCAGCGCUGGCGCGACGCCUACGCGGAAGAAAGGAGAAAAUACGCCGCGGCGCAUCCGGGAGCGGCAAACAAAUGGCUCCACGCGCUCCUCUCGCCGAUCGAGUGGGUCGCGUUCCUCGCGGUCCUGCGGCAGUGCUGCGGACCCGUGGUAGUCUGGGCGCUCCAGGUCUGCGUGGCCCUCGGCACGGCGGCGGCGCGGCCUCCACAUACGGUCUGGCUCGCGCCGCCGCAGCUUGCGAUGGCCGCCGACCUGCACAUUUCGCCGAUCUAUGCGGCGGCGACGUGGGUCGCCAUGAUCGCCCUGCAGGUCGGCGUCGGCCACGGGCUCCUGGACCGCACGGCGCCCUCGGCCGCGGCCGAGCCCGUCGCCCCCCAGAGCGUCCUCCUGAACGUGUGCAUCACGUGGGACUUCAGUGUUGUUGUUAAGUAGUUGAGUAGUUGG